AUUAGCGGACUUUGGCAUUGCAGCCUGCUCUCCUCCGCGGUGACUCGACUGUGAGACACGCAACAGUGCUGCCAUUCGGACAAGAUGUAAAAGCUGGUGUGAGCUUUUAGAGGUCAAGGAUGUCUCUGCUGAAGACUGGACUGUCCCGUCACUCGCAGCUCACUGUCCUCACUGUCUUCAGUGUCUUGGUUCUACAUCACUCUGCUGUCUUUCUCCUUCUGACACACUCCUGUGCAGGUCAGUCUCAGCUGAUUGGUCCAGAUCAGCCAAUACUGUCAAUACUCGGUGAUGACAUCAUCUUGCCGUGCCAACUGGACCCUGUCUUGGACGCUACGGGCAUGACAGUGGAGUGGGCGAGACCCGACCUGAACCCCAGAUUUGUGUAUCUGUGGCGUGACGGUUAUGAACUUCUGGUUGAUCAAAAUCCAACAUAUGAAGGACGAGCAUCGCUGUUCAGGGACAAACUAGAGCUCGGAGACGUUUCACUGAAACUCAGUGGAGUGAAAAUCUCUGAUGAGGGAAGAUACAGAUGCUUCAUUCCUUUACUCGGUAUAGAAACUACAGCUGAGCUUGUUGUUGGUGCUGCCUCCUCUCCUGUCGUCAUUGUGACCAAAAGCAGCAGUGGAGUGGUUUUAGAGUGUGAAAGUAAAGGCUGGUACCCAGAGCCUGAGCUGUUUUGGCUGGACGCUGAGGGAAAGCUCCUCUCUGCUGGAGCUCCAGAGACAGUCAGAGGUCCUGAUGGCCUCUAUACUGUCAGCAGCAGAGUGACUGUGGAGAAGAGCCACAGCAACAGCUUCACCUGCAGGGUUCAGCAGAGCAAAAUACAGCAAACCAGGGAGACACAGAUUCACAUUCCAGAUGAUUUCUUCAUGGUCACGUCUGGUUCUUCUGUUCCUAUCUUCAUCAUCUUGGCUGUUGGCUUCCUGUUUGUAGCUGCAGCUGUCUGUCUUGUGUGUAAAUGGAAACGUGACAAAAUCAAGACCAAAAUAUGCGAUGAGGAAGAAGGAGCAGAGAAGACCAAAUUUAUAAAUAACUAUACAGAAAAUCAUGCUGUGAUAGAAGGAGAAGGAGACGGAGAGCUGGGCAAAACCGAUUACCUUCCCUUGGCAGGUGAGGAGAAAUCGGGUGAAGAUUCAGAUAAUGACAGCUUUAAGAGUGCAAGCUCGCAUUUCCAGGGAGAAGGACAAGAGACAGACGCUGAUUCUCAGACCAAAGCAGAAGUGGGAAGAGACCAAGAGCAACACAUGAGAGACAGACAGCAGAGGGAACUGGACAGGAAAGAGGCAGAGUUGGAACAGCCGCAGAAGACAACACAGCAGAGAGAAGAGAGUGAAGGUACUCCAGUGAUGGAAACGAAGACGGAAGACAACAACGAGAAGGCUGAAAAUAAUGUUGACUUGGAAAAGACAGAAAAACAGAGGGAUGAGAAACUUCAGUCAGUCAGUGGAGAAGAAACAUGGAAGGAAACAGAGAAAACUGACCUCAAAACACAACAAGAAGCAGCAGGAAGUGGAAACCAAGAGCUCCAACAGGCGACGGGGCUUCAGGUGGAUUCAAGUAAGACAGAAACAGAAAAUCAGGAAAACCUGCAGGACAGAGAUCAGGACGCUGAGAGAAGAGCUGAAACGAAUGAAACAGACAUGACAGGUGAGGACCAGGGAGGAUGGGAAAAUGAUGCAAACUGUGUAACUGAUGAGACAGAAGUAGUUCAUGGGAGAAAGACCAGUAAUGGGACAGCAGAGAGAACUGGAGAACCAGAGAGAUCAACCUAACCUGACAGGAAACACACGUGAACAAGAGGAAACUUCAGUCAAAGACAGAGAGUCAGAAACGACUGAGUUUUGAGAAACAAGAAGGAGCUGCAGGAGAAAACCAAGAGGAGACGGAGGUUUAGCUAAAUGAACACAAGUCCUGCCAAGUCGGGAGGAAAUCACAGAGCAGCUGGAGAAAUCCCACACGGAUCUGAAGAAGCAAGAAACAGAGAGUCGGAGACUCAGUGAGAGCUACGGCAGAAACCGGGCUGUUUAGGGAAGAGAUGAAACCAAUGAAAACAAAAGAAAUGUAAAAGAAUCAAGCAAAGAAAGGGGGUAUUCACAAAGAAAUAAAGACCCAUCAACGGUAACACAUUUUUUUUAUUUUUCACAAAUUGAAUUUCUACAGUUCAUAAUCAUAACUUGAGUCUUAUUUCUCCACUAUGAAAGCACUACGAAAAGCCAUUUGACUCAGCAUUGAUCAAUUUAUUAAUCUUUGUUGACAUCCUGCUUUUAAAGUGACUAUAACAUACAAGAGAAAAUGACUUGAGCAUGUUGACCGUGCAACCUAAUGUUUAAAUUUCAGCUCGGCUGUCUCAGUGUUUCAGUUCU